AUGGAGAGAUUGAGAUGUCCAAUUCACAAUGAGUCAAUUAUAUUCUAGAGACCAAAUUAACCUGAUCCAAAAUCAAACUCAAGAAAUCUUUGUAAAAUCUGCAUAGUUCAAAUGGACAAUAAUUUGAAAUUAAUAGAGGACAGGCAAUAAGAAUUAAGGAGACAAAAAACUGAAAUCUAGGAGGAAAAAGAGCUAGAAUACUAAAACAGCAUGUCAAUUUUAGAAGAGAUAAAAUAAGACCUUUUAUUUUUUGAAUAAUAAUUUAAGAUUUCGUUUAACAAAUACAUAGAUUCUAUUGAUCAAUACGGGGGGUUAUUCAAAACCUAAAUGACCAAGUUUUCGAAUACAAUAAAGAAACUUUCUGUGGCUGACUCUCAAUUAUUUAGUAGUUCAUGUAAAGAACUAUUAAAGGAUACUCCUAACCUUUCAGAAAUAAAAAAGAGUCUCUAGACCAACCUUAGUAAACUAAACUCAUAAUAAUUCUUGAACAAAUUACAAGAAAAAAUAAAUAAAUUAAGUUAGGAUUAAAAUAUCGUACAGCCAAAGUUAGACUAAUCGAAUUUUGAAAAAAAAGAUAUUUACAAUUUAUAAUGUCAAACACAUAGAAGCAGCAUUGUUAUGGCAGACUUAAAUGAGAAGAGUACAGUACAAAAUAGAUUGGUUUGCUUGUCCUGUGUGGAACAACAUUAAAUCAAAUUUAUAAGAAUUGAAAGAGUUCUUGAGUUAAAGUCAAUAUACUAUUAAAAUCUAGUAAAUAACUUUGAUAUGAAAAUUGAAUAGAUUAUUCAAUAAUAAGAAGCCUAAAAUAAAUCACUAGAAGAUUUAGAAAAUACAAUCUCAUAAUUAAUUUAAAAGUACAAAAGAGAGUAGAACGAGGAAUUCAACAACUACUUAUAGUAUAUUAAAUAAAAAAAAAAAAAAACUUAAGAAACAUGGUCAGCUGAAAACUUCGAAGGGAUGACCAUAAUUGUAAACAUACUUAGUUAACCAAAUUNUUAAUUCAAAAGCAUGAAAAUUUUGUAUAUAUUCUAAAGUGUGAUUAGGGAAACACUUUAAGAAUGUAUGGAGAUCCAAUUAAUAUUCAUUCAAGAUUUAAUUAUGGAACAAUCACCAAUGAUGGCAAUUAUUUAGUGA